AUGAGGGUAGAGGAGGUGCUACCCAAAGUGUAUUUAGACAUAGCUGUCGGUGAAAAAGAUGUGGGAAGAAUUGUUGCUGAGCUCUACCUGAACAGAGCUCCUUCAACGGUGGACGCUUUUCUAGAAAACUUGCACACUUAUAAAGGGCACCACUUCGAUAGGGCCAUCAAAAACUUCAUGAUCCAAUGUGACAAUGGCAAUUCAAACAAUGAAAGCAAACUCGAAAUAGAAAAUGUGAACGAUAAAUUCGACCAGCCAUUCCUCUUGGCAUUGGCGGGAAACUCUGUUUCUCAAUUUUUCAUUACAACAAGUAAGUCUCAGCAUCUACAGGGGAAACAUACCUGUUUCGGUAGAGUAAUCAGGGGAAAGUCAAUUAUAAGAGAGAUAGAAAAUGUCAAGACUGGCAAAGAAUAUAAUCCUGUGGAACCAGUGAAAAUAACUGGUUGUGGGACCUGGGAAGUAGAUGAUCCGGUGCCCAUUUAUAAUGCAUGCUACGAAGAAGUGGCUGGAGAUGUUUACGAGGAGUAUCCCGACGAUGAUAGUCAUAUUGACAAAGAGUCGUCUGCAUCUGUUUACAGAGCUGCAACAGCAAUCAAAAAUGCCGGUGGUGAAAUCUUCAAGAGAGGUGAUCCUCAGAAUGCUUUCAUUAAGUACAGAAAGGCCUUGAGGUACGUGAUGGAAUAUUUCCCCGAUCCGGAUGAGGAGCCAGACUAUUUUGCAAAAUAUACCGAACUAAAGAAGAAGAUUUACCUCAACAUGUCUCUUGCGACGUUGAAGCUCGAGCAAUACCCCAAGUGCCUAGACUACUGUGAAUACCUACUUGCGAUGGUACUUACACAGCAGGAAAAGGCAAAGACGUUUUUUAGAAAAGGAAGCGCUAGCUUAGAGCUACGAAAGUUUGAAGAUGCAAUUUCUUCACUCAAAGAGGCGCAAAGGUUGGCUCCUGAGGAUAAAGCCAUAACCACAAAGCUUACCAGAGCGGAGGAAUUAUUGAGGGCCAAGAAGAAGGCCGAAAAGGACAAAUACGCCAAAAUGUUUCGAUAA